AUGAUUAGAGGACAGCAUAAUCGAGAUUUGACCAAAGGGACGGAUGAUCAGGUACUACCCACCAAAGUGUUAAAACAAUUUGUUUUAAUACGAGGAGCCUUAUACUUUCGGACGUCCGGAGCAGCAUUAUCACGAUGUGUAAGCAAGCCAGAAGCACAUGAAAUACUGAAUCGCGUCCACGAGGAAUCUUGCGGACAGACAGGAGGAAUCCCGUUAUACCGACGGUUGCAGAGAAUGGGUGUUUACUGGCCAAACAUGGCGGUCCAAGCAGCCGUAACACAGGACAAAUGCGCAGACUGUCAAGCGCCCCCGCAACAAACUGAGAUAUGCAGUGCGGAAAUAGUAGACUGGAGACAUCCCUAUGUAGACUUCCUCUGUCAUGAGCGCCUACCAUCAAACAGACAGGAAGCGUUGAAGAUCCAAAGGAAAUCCGGACGAUUCUUCAUGAGCGAGGGUGUCCUCUACAGAAAGGUUUUUGGGGAAAAGGUAUUGCGCUGUCUAUCACAGCAAGAGGCGGACGUAGUCAUGACUACUACCCAUGAUAAUGAACAUCAAGGUAUGCGGAAGUUGUUCCUACAGCUACAUGAGGCAGGAUACUACUGGACAACAAUGGAUCUCGAUACCGCGGAACACGCUGAGGCCACCAAUAAAACACUCUUAAAGAUAUUAAGCCGGAUGGUGUAUGGUCACUACAGGAGUUGGAACGAGCAGCUUCCUCUCGCGCUUUGGGCCUAUCGUAUAUCCAAAAUAAGUUCCACAGGCGCAUCCCCUUAUUCCUUAGUCUAUGGAGAAGAUGCGACCCUCCAAGAAGAAAUUGCCAUACCUUCAGCACGGGUCGCCAUGGCUAGCCUCACAACUCCGGACGAUGUCAUUCGGAACGCGCAUUUGGAUGCCCUAGAAGAACGACGAGCCAGGGCUGAGCGGUUUGCGGAUAAAUAUCGACAUCGGACAACACGAUACUACAAUCAAAGGGUGAAAGAGCGAGUUUUCAGUGUGAACGAUGUAGUCAUGAAAAUCGCACCACAUGUCCAACGAAAUGAAAGUGCAGGUAAAUUUGCAGCUAAUUGGCAAGGUCCUUAUAUCAUAGGUGAAGCCGCAGAGAGCGGAUACUACUAG